UAUCCGUCUUCAUGAUUCUUCCAAGUACAGUCAAAUAUCCCCGUUGUCACUACCAACUGAAGGGAUGAGAGCCUGGAGGAACCGAAAGAAAGUGGUCAACACGUCUAGACAUGGAGAAGUCAGGGCAUGGAAAGCACAAACUGAGCAGGCAAAAAAGAGUGAAGUUUUACGAGAAAUUCAUAAAUUGGAGAUACAAAUUCAGGCCAUGGAGAGAGAAAAAGGAACUCAUCUCUACAGCAAGCGAAGUGACUAUAGAGCAGACUUCAGUCAACUUGAAGAGGAGGACAGCAAGACAACCAUGCAGAGGAAGACUGAAAAGAUAAAGCUGCGCCAACAGUUGGAGAAGAUCAGCCACAUGGUGAAGAGGUUUCAAAGGGAACUCAAGGAUGUCAAACCUACACCUGAAUUUGUUGAGAAGUUGAAAGUGAUCAUGGAGGACAUAGAGGGAACUAUAAACACAUUCAAGUUGCAGCAACGUCAGCUGUAUGAAGAACUGAUGAAAGAAGAAAGGACGACAACACACGAGAUCCAGGCACUGGAGAAGAGGUUUGAGGUGUGGAGUCAGAUCCAGAAUGGUGGCACGUCUGUUACCAAUGCUGCCAGUGCUAGGCCACCCUCAACAGCUCGUGACAUCACCAAAGAUCUACCACCAGAAGUUGCAGCCUUUGAGAAAUUUCUCCAGCAAACAGGAGGAGUACGUGGGGCUUGGGAUGAGUAUGACCAUCAGACCUUCCUCAAGUUCAGGAACAGAUUCAAGGGAAAGAAUGUGUUUGUGCAGCACCUGAUACCAGCACUGCCCACAAAACGAGAAGACGAAAUCCGUGACCAUGAGUCUUGGUAUCAGGAAUACCUCUUCCUAAAUGAUGUCAAAAAGGAUGCUAUAAAAGCAUGGAGACAAAAGAAACAGGGGGAGAGGGAGGAACUACUGGCGCAGGCUGAUGAAGAGGAGUUGGAUGAGGAAGAGGAGGAAGAGAUAAGAAAGGCUCAGCUGAAGGAGAAGGUGGAGAAGGAGAAGAGGGAGAGAUUCUCGCACCUUAAUGCAUGGAAGGUUCAGAAGGAGCUGGAGAAGGCUCAGCAAGAAGAGCGAAGGAUCAGGGAAGAGAUGGCUCGAGCCAAGAAACAGGAAAACGAAAAGAAACGACAGAUGGAGAUGCAUUCACGGGUGUUGGAGUACAAGCAGCAAAGAGACGAGGAGGAGGAGUUCCUCCGGGCGCAAGAGGAGAGGUGUGAGGAGGCAGAGCGUGAGAGGAAGCAGCAGUUGUCUGCCCGGGAGAUUGUCAAGUUCAGAGACCGGGAUCUGAGAGCGGUAUCUGAGAAGGUUAUGAAGAAGAAGGCCAAAGAAGAAGAAGAAAGGGAAAAAGAGAAGAAAAUGGCCAGGAUUAAGCAACAGGUAGAGAUGUUUGUUCCGCGAGAUCCGGACCGCCUGUAUAAGCCUACCAAAGGCUGGAAGGAGAGACUAAAAGAACCAGGCCCCAGUGGAGGGGGGCAGGUGCUUCAAAUGCCGCACAGAGCUGUUCCAUCAUGGAGACAGGGACUCAACUGACCUCCCAAGCAACAGCUGGCUGAAGUUUAGAACAGAAAGAUUUAGGUGCAAUUCUAUUUCUUUGACAUAGUGGGUUCACACAUGAGAGCAAUCUGAGAAUUUACAACCCUUGUAAUUCCAUAUUUAGAAAGUAUUAAUUGAACGAAAUGCUGAUCUAGCCAGCUGUAUGGGUGAUGGUAGACCUGUGGUUAAACAUGCCCCUUCAUGUUAGUGACGCAAGUUCUUUGUGAUCACAUUUGUGAAGUGAGAGUCCACUGAUCUGACUGCAGUGUAAUGCUGACACUUCAGAACCAUGUGAACAAGGACAAUAUGCCAUGAAUAAGGUGCAUUGAUACAAUCAUGUGAAACAAUCAGAUGUGAAUGUGUAUGUGCAACAUAGUAUCUGCUAUAUCAGCCUGAUCUCCAGAUUGUGUCUAUUGUGAGGCACUGUGAGCAUCCAUGGCUGCCCAUCAUGUGUACAGUAAGCUCACUGAUUGCUGGUCUCAUGUUUGUCUGAGGACUGGCUAUCGAUGUAGAUCGUAGAGAUCAAUAAUCAUUUAUUGAAUUUAGAUCCGUUAUCAAUAAAUACUGGGGUAGUAAUUGCGAGCAAAACUGACCCCAAAAUCUGAAAGAAAAUCAACAUAUUUCACAUCACUGGAAAGUGGUGACAUAUUUAGGCUUGGACUAAAGUCCAUUCUGAACAUAAUUUAGAAGCAUCUCAUGAAUAAAGACCAAACUUUGGGUAUUGUCAGCAUAAAUUAAAACUUUAUUUCAUGACAAUAGUUUAUGUACGAUAUCAGUGAUGACAAAAUCUUCAUAUCAAUAAUGAUGAACUUUUCCCAGUAACAAUAUUUCCAGUUAUCAAUCUUGUUAGCCAGGCCUAGUUUCUAAGGGUUAACAAAUUCCGUCCACACAUUAAUAAACAUUGUAUAUGGGUUUUAAACGUGUUUCCAGCCCGCAGGUCACAUGAUGUAUGUUUAUGAUCAAGCAGCAUACUUGACACUUUCAUUGUU